CCGGGCUCCCUCAGUUCGGCCAUGGCCCCCCCGCCGCCGUGCGGACCUCCGAGGUCGCCGCCGCCGCGGCUGCUGCUGCUGCUGCUACUGAGCGCCGCGCUGCUGGGCGCCCAGGCCCACGCUGAGCCCGCCGCCGGGAGCGAGGUCCCCGCGCAGAGCCGCCCGUGCGUGGACUGCCACGCCUUCGAGUUCAUGCAGCGUGCUCUGCAGGACCUGCGCAAGACGGCCUACAGCCUGGACGCGCGGACGGAGAGCCUCCUGCUGCAGGCCGAGCGCCGGGCCCUGUGUGCCUGCUGGCCGGCUGGGCACUGAGCACCCACACCAGCACGUGCCCAACCAAUAAAGGCCUGGUCCCCA